AUGUUCACAGGAGAAAACGAUAUAGAAGUUGCAGAAUCAUUGUCACCAUGGAUUCGGAAUAAGCAACGUACGAAACAACAGAGUAAUCGAGAAGAUACAGAUGAUAUUCGGAGAUUAGCAGGCAAUGAUAGUUUGGAAGAUGAGAUUAUGUUACAUUUAUUCAAAAUGCAAGAUCGAAAUUCUGCUUGGACUUCACUGUGCUUUGAUCAACGCGUAGAUGAUACUUGUGAUUCAAGGACGACUUUAACAACUUUACAACGUCGUAAUUCCAAUCCUUUGCAACCGGAACACGACUCAACGUGUAACGAACAAUUUGCCGACAAACGUUCUACAUGCCCUUCGCAUGUUUGCCAGCCUCGAAUAAUAUGUAACGAUAGACCAAAAUUAAAUCAAUUAUCUAAUAUCUGUCGGCAAGAAGUUUCUGGAUUAAUUGCUUGCGGAAGCCAGACACGAUCUGAACCCGCGACUCGCUCAAAUUCGAUAGACUGUGAGAAAGAACUUCCAAAGAUAUCUAUGGUUAAUAAAAUUAAUCACGAGGUAGAAACAUCCAGAUCUGACUUAAUAGUGCCAAAUGUAGUAUUAGAUAGCAAUAAAAUUGUAUCGAAGCAUUUAUUAUCGCGACGACAAUCUUCACCGUCAUCGUCCACUAACGUUAGUAUUAUAAAUAACGAGAAUAAACUAUUCGAAUUCGAACAAUUGCUGGAGACUAUUCAAUUGUCUCCGAUAUUUCAAAAGGACACUGCCAAUUGUUUCAAUAAAUUAAGGAAAAAUAUUCCAUUAAACGGAAAAUCCAAUGGUUGUGCCACUGCCGCUAUUAAAUCUACCACACUUUCAUUGGUACACGAUGUUCCAUUAUCAUCCACGAGCAAUGCAACUACGGAUGCUAUACCAAGUCCCAAUAGUUACAGCUGGGCACCAGUGUUAUAUCAACAUAAACACGGCAAGUACAUUUAUUUUUACAAUAAAUAUCGCAUAAUUAAAAUGAUUUUGCUUUAGGUCAGAAGAAUGUUUUAGAGGGUACCGUGCAAGCAUCUUCCGAUACUUCCAACAAAUGCACCGCGGAAAAGUAAAUACAGUUUUCUAUUUUGUUAUUGAUAUAUUACUUAUACUUCAUAAUUUUAUACAUGUAAGAUAUUUAAAAGUAUAAAAUUACAUUAUUAUCAUUGCAGAUCGUUGGAAGAAACUAACUCGUGAAUUCAUUCUCAAUUGCAUCCGUCAUUUAAUGUUACGAAUGUUCUGUGAUUUUUUUUAUUUAUCUAAAUGUAAUGUUAAUUAAUAUUAUUAAAAGUGAUGAAAAAAAAAAUAGUAAGAACGGUAAGAAUUGGAAACCUAAUGUUCCAAUGUUUUGACAUGGUAAAUAAUACUUUACUAAAAUUACUGUUUUGCAGCAGGUACUGUAUUAAAAAAUGUAAAAUAUUGCAAUUACGAUUAUGUAAUGGUAUAUAAUUCAGUACUCCCUUUGAGAUAAUUUCUUUAAAUUUUACUCGGAUUACUAGUAAUGUACAACCAAUUUUUUUCAACUUAAAAAGUAUAUAUAAAAAGGUAUAUUAUGUAUAUAAAAUAUAUUCGAAUUUAAGUAAACUUAGACUCGAAUAUCAAUAUUAAUAUAUUAUGUUGUAUAAAAAUACUCGAUACGUUUAUUUCUGCAGAUGGUUAUGGUUUUACAAGUAUUGCGAGAACAAAUUUUGUAUUUUUAUGUGAUUGCUUGUGAAUAUACAUAAAGCGAGCACAGCCCGUGACAGUAAAAUAAAAUAAAGAGUAUAACUAAAUACAUAUUCUUUGUUAUUUUACCUAUUACAUACUUGAAUCUUACUGUAAGUACAUAAAUUAAUUUAAACGAGUUACAUUGCGUUCAAAUGUAAAAAUUUAUAUACUUUAUAAAAAAUACAAGUAAUGUUUGAAGUUCAGGUUUUAACGUUUGUUACAUUUGCGUUUAAUAUCGUUAAAACAUGAAUUACUUCUUAUUCUUGUUACACGAAACAACGAAUACAUUCGUACACAUUUAUAUCACAUCUGAACGAGAUUAAGAGUCAGAAGUAAUUCUAUGUUUCAGAAUGCUUAUAUAUCAUCGUUACGUUUGUAAUAAACGUUAUCUGAUCUGUCAAUAGUAUAUAUAUAAUAGUGAAUAAAAUACAUAGUAGUUUGUACAAAUCUUAAAUGAACUUUUACAUAUAUAUGUAGACCUAACUGUUUUUUGCAUUUCUCUAUUUACAAUAAGUAUUUAGAAAUUUAUUAAAAAUUAUUUAAAGUAAUGAAAUUCAAUAG